UGGUUCUCCUCGUUUUCUCCUAUUUUAGCUUUGAUACUUGAGCUGGAAGCACAGAGGCGCUUUUUCUAGACAAGCGAACACACAAAGUCUGUUGAAGGUUUGGAUGUUUAUGGUCACAAUGAAGGCUUUCAUCUUCCUUCUUCUCCUGGGGAUACAGGGAGCAGCGGCAGUGACCCACUCGCUGAAGUAUUUCUACACUGCGUCCUCUCAAGUCCCAAACUUCCCAGAGUUUGUGAUUGUUGGGAUGGUUGAUGAUGUUCACAUUGAAUAUUAUGACAGCGACACGGAGAAAAUGGUGCCCAAACAGGACUGGGUGAACGGUGCAGUAGAUCCACAGUUCUGGGAGAGAAACGCUGGGAUCGCUGUGGGCACCCAGCAGGUGUACAAAGCCAACAUUGAGAUUGCAAAGCAGCGCUUCAACCAAACUGGAGGUGUUCACACUUUUCAGUUCAUGUAUGGCUGUGAAUUGGAUGAUGAGACUAAGGAGCUCAGUGGAUAUUUCCAGUAUGGCUAUGAUGGAGAAGAUUUCUUAUCCCUUGACCUUCCCACAGAGACUUGGACUGCUGCAAAACAACAGGCUGUAAUCAGCAAACAAAAGUGGGACAGUACCAAAGCUGAUGCCAAAUAUUUUAAGAACUACCUCAACACUGAGUGUCCUGAGUGGAUGAAGAAGUAUGUGAACUACGGGAGUAGUUCUCUGAUGAGAACAGAGCGUCCCUCAGUGUCUCUCCUCCAGAAGUCUUCCUCCUCUCCGGUCACCUGCCACGCUACAGGUUUCUAUCCUAACAAAGCCGAGAUGGUCUGGAAGAAAGAUGGAAUGGAGCUGCAUGAGGGUGUGAACAAAGGAGAGGUCAUCACUAACAAUGACGGGACCUUCCAGAUGAGUGUUCACCUGGAUGUCUCAUCAGUCAAACCUGAAGACUGGGACAGAUACAGAUGUGUGUUUCAGCUCUCUGGUGUGAACGAGGACAUCGUCACCAGACUGGACAAAUCAGACAUCAAGACCAAUGAAAAAAGUUACCUUAUCAUGAUCAUUGCUAUUGUUGCUGUGGUUGUUGUUCUCGCCGCUGUGAUUGGGAUCCUUCUCUACAAAAAGAAAACAAGCAAAUGCUCCCAGCCUCCUAUGAAGGAUCCUGCGGUUACGGUGCCACUGAAUCCUGAUCCAACAGCCUAAAUGACAAACAACCUUCCACACAGUUUAUGGAGAUAUAUUGCACUCAAAAAAGAGGAAUUGUCACAUGAUUCUCCUCCAUAAAGUGGGACUAAAUUCUUCAAUUCAUCAAACUGAAGACUUGGAAAAAACUUUGCACUAGUUGCACUUACUUAUUCAUUCAUUACUUCAGUUUAAAUUACUUGUUCAAAUUAGUCAUUAAAAGUAAUUACAAUUAUUUGUAAUCUUAAUUACUUUACAUUUUGGGGAAAUAAAUUUAAACAUGAAUUGGCAGAUAUUUAACAAAUAUAACAUAAAUGGUGACCUUAUUUUGAGACUUCCCAAUUAGGAAGGGGGAUUUCUGUGAUAAAUAUAACACCAAUGGAGGGAAGUACCACAUGUUUUAAAAAAGACAUCACAGCAGUCUAAAAUAUUUUUGUUCAUUGGAAAUAAAUAAUAAAUAAAUAUAUUUUUAGCUUAGUAUUGCUGGUGUUGGGGUAUUCUCUAAAUCCAUAAAUUACUAAAUUACUGUUUAUAGCAAAUACAAAUGUAUUAACACCGAUGUUUUCCCUUUACUGAUGAGUAUCUGUGGAUGACUCCAGUCCUCUGCAGCUCUCAGUAAUCAGACAGGAAAUGGAUGGAUGGGCACUGAACUGUUAUGAUUAGCAGGAUUUCUCAGUUAUGCUUUAAACACAUAUUUUCCAUUUGGCUUCUUCUACCUCUCUAAAUCAUUUUUUAACUUAAUUUCUUGAAAAUGUAAAUCAAGUAGAGGGAUAAAAUAACACCAAUGUUAGACAUCCAUGAACUUAUGCCAAAGUCUCAGAUCACAAGGCAAGGCAAGUUUAUUUGUAUAGCACAAUUCAACAACAAGGUGAUUCA